AUGCUGGAACUCACAGUGCCCUGGGAAGAGCGGAUUGAGGAGGCCAAUGAAAGGAAACGAGGAAAGUACCAGGAACUAGUGCAGGAGUGCAGGGGAAGGGGCUGGAAGACUUUCUAUGAGCCCAUAGAAGUGGGUUGUAGGGGCUUUGCAGGACGAUCACUCUGCAAAGUCCUAGGCCGGCUGGGCGUGGCUGGGGCAGCCAAGAAGAGGGCCAUCCAGGCUGUGAGUGAAGCGGCAGAGAAAGCCACAAGGUGGCUGUGGAUCAAGAGGGCUGAUCCGUGGGUAGCUACUGGUACGCAGUCGGGACCUGAUCACCCCCGGCUGGGUCGCCUGGGAAUCAGUGAGAGAAAUCAGAGCUCAGCAGGUUCAGAGCCUGAUGAAGUCAGGUUGGUGGGAAAAGCCAGUCACUGUGGAGGGACACUGGAGAUGAAGCAUGUGAGAGAAUGGAGACCAGUAGACUUCUAUAACUGGACCCUGAAGAAAGCAGCUGUGGUCUGUGAACAUCUGGACUGUGGCUCUGCUGUUUCUGUACAAGAGAGGAAGUCCCCACGGAGGCUCGUAAGCAGACCAGCAGGACUUCAGGAGUACUCUGGACCAAUCACCAACCAGCAUGUCGACUCUGUCCGGCUGCUGAAUGGUUCCAGUCUGUGUUCAGGCAGACUGCAGGUGAAGUCUAACCAGAGAUGGUCCUCAUCACCUGGCAAAGCUGCUGGACUCACCUGCUCAGAGCCUGUCAGGUUGGUGGGAGGAGCCAGUCGCUGUGCAGGUACACUGGAGGUGAAACACCUGGGAGAAUGGAGACCAGUGAUUGGCUCUGACGGGCCUCUGAAGGCAGCAGGUGUCUUCUGUGAACAUCUGGACUGUGGCUCUGCUGUUUCUAUGGGACCAAAAAAGUCCUCAUACAGAUUUGUGUUGACAAUCAAACCUGAUUGUUUCAAGCUGAGAUCUUCCCUAAGGGAGUGUGUAGAACCAUCUUACUCUUCCUCUGUGCUCAGUGUCACCUGUUCAGACCUGCUGGCUCAGCCGAGCAUUAUUGUCCCCGCCUCCAUGGACGGGGUCUCCGAGGCACAGCAGCAGGGGCUUCGGGUGUCCAGGGGCUCCAGCUUGACCAUCAGCUGCUCCAUCCAGCCACAGUUCCCAGGAGGCUCCUUCCAGCUCACCUUCACUUCCUCCAACGCAGCAUACAACUACACCCAGCCAGCUGUCAAUCACUCUGCCCACUUCCUGUUUCCUGUCACAGAGCCCGCCCACCAAGGAAACUACAGCUGCUUUUAUCGUGUUUAUGUUUUUUCUCACAACUUCUCCUCUGAGAGCCGCCGGCUGUCUGUGACUGUCUCAGAUCCCACAGGCUUCAUCAUCAGAGCGCUCGUCCUGCCACUGAUCCUGCUGUUGGAGAACGUUGUCCUGUAUUUCUACUGUAAGGCCAGCAGGGGGCAGAAGCUGGGCAGACGGGAGAACAACAAGCUGGUUAACUUUGGUGUUGGUGCAGCUGAAGAAGGGCCGGCUGAAGAGGAAGGAGCUCAUGUCAUAUCCAGAUGA